AUGGUCCCCAAGCUACUCCUGACCUUGACCCUCUGGGCCAGCUGCAUGUCUUGCGGUGGAAGUGAAGAUCCGAGCCUGCAGGUGCAGUGUCGAGCCUCCAGGUACCCGGUCAGCAUAGAUUGCUCCUGGACACAGUCCCCAGCUCCAAAUGCCACUACGCCCACUGAAUUAAUCACCACAUACAGGCUUGGAAUGGAAAACAAGGGAGAGAACAAGCCCUGCCUUCAGCAGACACCCGGCUCCACCAGCUGUACCAUCUUGGACUUCAUGAUGUUCUCCACGGUGCCCCAUGUGCUCAAUGUCACGGCCAUCCACCCCAGUGGUGUCACCACCGCCCUCCUGCCCUUUGUGCCUGAGCAAAUCAUCAAACCGGACCCUCCAGAGGCUGUCCACCUGAACCACAUCCCUGGGAAUCAGCUGCAGGUGCAGUGGGAUCCACCCCACACCUGGCCCUUCCCAAAUGUCUUCAGACUCAAAUACCAGAUUCGCUACAAGCGCUGCAAAUCCAAGCGCUUCUGGCAGGUGGGCCCCACUGGAGAUACCACCUUCACACUCAAGUUUGUGCGGCCGCAUGUCAGGUACUGCAUCCAGGUCAACUCUCAGAAUCUCAUAGGCUAUGGGGAGUCGAGUGACUGGAGUCUUCCUGCCACUUCACCCCUCACUCCGGGCAACUAG